AUGAAUGCCUCUGAUAAAAUGGGAUCUUUGAAAAUUUCUCCCGAGUCCCUGAAACAGCUUCUGGAGUUUUUUAACCUCUCGCGUCAGGACUUCAUUGAAACAUACAAUUUGCAGCCUCUGGUCUACAUCCCUGAACUGCCUCCCAGUGCUAAGACAGCAUUUGUUGUUAUUUAUGUUAUAAUAUUUGUCCUAGCUCUUGUCGGAAACAUUCUGGUGGUCUACAUUGUAGUCAGAAAGAGGACAGUGCGGACAGCUACCAACAUCUUCAUCUGUUCCCUGGCUGUGAGCGAUCUUCUAAUUACUUUCUUCUGCAUACCUUUUACCUUACUACAAAACAUUUCUUCAGAGUGGCUGGGAGGUGUCUAUGUAUGCAAGAUGGUCCCUUUUGUGCAGAGUACAGCCAUAGUGACUGGUAUCCUUACCAUGACUUGCAUUGCUGUGGAACGAUAUCAAGGCAUAGUCUAUCCACUGAAAAUGAAAAGGCAGUACACAUCAAAAAGAGUGUACAAAAUUCUAGGAGUGGUCUGGGUUGUUGCUGUAAUAUUAGGAUCCCCAAUGUUGUAUGUACAGCAGCUAGAGGUGAAAUAUGAUUUCCUGUAUGACCACCACCAUGUGUGCUGUCAGGAACGUUGGCGCACCCCUGCCCACCGCCAGGUUUAUGCCACCUUCAUCCUUGUGGCUCUGUUUCUCCUACCGCUGACCGCCAUGCUGAUUCUCUACACCAGAAUAUCCUUUGAGCUUUGGAUCCGGAAGCGUGUUGGGGACUCCUCUGUAUUCAACACAAUGAACCACAGGGAAGUCAACAAGAUUACAAGGAAGAAGAAGCGUGCUGUUAAGAUGAUGAUAACAGUUGUUUUGCUUUUUACUGUAUGCUGGGCUCCAUUUCACAUUGUGCACAUGCUCUUUGAAUACAAUGAUUUUGAAAAUGAGUAUGAUGAGAUCACAGUCAGCAUGAUUCUUGCCAUUGUGCAGGCAAUAGGAUUCUCCAAUUCCUUCAAUAACCCUAUUGUCUACGCCUUCAUGAAUGAGAACUUCAAGAAAAACUGCAUGGCUACCUUUUCCCAUUGGAUCUGGAGGCCAAACCAGAGAAACCAGGGAAUCAGCAUGGAGACGCCAAAGCUAAAUGUGCCUCCUUCUAACCCUGUGAGACGGGAGGCUUUCCAAGCACAUAGCCCGACACAGAGGGUUGAGUUUAAACUUUCUGAGAAUGUUGCAUUGGUACCGUCCAAUGAAGAAAAAUCAUCUGUAUUUGCGGAAGAGAGAACAUUUUCAGUCCAGCAUGAGUUACCAACUAACAUCCUUAGUCACAAGCAGAAUGAAUGA